CUCCUCGCAACCCAACCAGCAAUAGUCUCCACUCUCAGCAACGCAACGAAUAUCACGAUCCUUGCACCAAACAACGAUGCCCUCUCCGCCUUCCUAAACUCCACUGCCGGCAUGGUAGCAGCAAGCGAUCCCGGCGCCGUCGCAGCUCUACUCACUUACCACGUUCUGCAAGGAAACUACGCUUCCUCCGCCUUCAUGAACACAUCAAUGUUCAUCCCCACCGCGUUGAGCAACACCACCUACGCCAACGUCACCGGUGGCCAACGAAUCGAGGCCCGACUUAACGGAUCGAGCGUCGAUAUCUUCUCUGGAUUAUUGCAAGAGAGUAUGGUUGUCACGCCAAAUAUAUCCUUCACCGGCGGCACCAUCCACAUAAUCUCCAGCGUCCUCGCGCUCCCCACAUCCCCGUCCAACACAGCUACAUCCCUCAACCUAACCUCCCUCGCCGGCGCCCUCACACAAGCGGACCUUGUCAGCACCGUUGACUCCCUAACCGACGUAACGAUCUUCGCGCCCUCGAACGAGGCAUUCUCAUCUAUCGGCUCUCUGCUCGGGAACCUCACCACGGAGGAAUUAACUGGUAUCCUAACUUACCAUGUGGUGAACGGGACAGUGGGGUAUAGCACCAUGCUCACCAACACGACGUUGAAGACGGUCGGCGGCGGGAACGUGACGAUUAGGGUGCAGGAUGACGGUGUGUUUGUGAAUGAGGCGAAGGUCACGGUGCCGGAUGUUUUGGUUGCGAAUGGAGUUGUGCAUGUUAUUGAUGGAGUCCUGAACCCAAAUAAUACUUCGAUUGCGCCUCCAACCUCGGGAGCUAGUACCACGUCCGCGGCGUUCACUGGCGCUUCGUCUGUUUCGUCUGUUCCUUUCACGUCACUGGUCACUCCUUCGACAACAGUAACUUCAAUCCCGACGCGCGCACCAACGAGCUCUAGUUCUUCUGCAGGAGCAGCAAUGAUGACUGGUGCUGUGGGGAUGGGUGCUCUAUUUGGUGCUGCUGUGGGCGUAAUGGGAGUCGGGGGAUUGUAA